AUGAGCUUAAACGGAGGCAGUGGAACAUAUAGCAAACAACACAGAGUAAUAGCUACAAACAUGCCAUUUAACAUAUCUGACGAACAGAUUUUAAAGCACUUCAAUGGGGCAGUUAGUGUGGAAAGACACUCUAAAAACGGAGUAGCCACUGGGGCUGUUUUUAUUCAGUGCGCCAAUACAACUGAUGUCAACAGAUUUAUAAAAACACUGGAUGGAACAGACUUCCUUGGGAGAGAGAUAAAGGUUGCACAGUUACACGACCGAGAAGUGUUCAAGGCACGGCAGAAGUUUGACACUCCAACCGAUGAGAACUCAUUUGGAAGACAGAAGAGAAAAGAGUACGAAGAAAACCAGAGGAAAAAGCUUCCAGAGGGUGAAGAGAACAGAACUGUAUUUGUGACAAAUAUUUCUGUAAAAGACACUGAAGACCAGGUUAGGGAAGUAUUUGAAGCAUUUGGAGAGGUAGAGCAGUGCACUUUUGUUUUGAACAGGGAAACAGGAGAGCCAACAGGAAGAGCCUUUGUUCUUUUCAAGCACCAGGACAGUUGCAAAGAAAGUCUGCGCCAACAAGUCUCACUUAAUGACAGAAUUUUAGUUGUGCUAAGGUAUGUAUCCCCAGAGGUUCUGAAGCAGAGAGAGUCAGAGCAGAAGGAAAAGGACUACAAACGAGAGAAAACCAUCAAAGAUAGGCAAGAAGGGAAGUUAGACCCAAGAGAUCCAUCCAAGGUCAGCUCAUGCAGAGUGCACAUCUCCCACAUGGACAAAAAGCACACAAGAAAGUCUAUCUCCAAAGUAAUUGAGGAGUACUUCUUAAAGGCCCAUGAUAAAAAGUUAAAGCUAAGAGGUGUCAAUCUAACAUCAAACAACGCAAAGAGAAACCCAGGAUACUGUUUCAUUACGUUUAAGUUCCCAGAAGAUGCUGCCAUUUUCUUAGAAAACCAGAACAAGAUGCGAAGAGCCAUUGGAGGCAAGAUGGCCGCUGAGUAUGCCAUGGAAAGCAAAGAGUUUCAAGAAAAGGGAAUAAAGAAAAAGCCGUCCAAAGCCGACAGAAUAGAAAAGAAAAACAGAAAGGAAAGAGGGGCACAGAGAGCAGAUGACUCAUAAUCUAAAAUUCACAGUGCUUCUGGCAAGUGACCAAUAAACCC